CUGAGUCAGGGGACUGCAACCAGAGAGGGUUACCAAGGUAGUGACGACGCACAGGACGAGGAGACAGCCGAGGGAGUGUGUUAUAGUAGCAGAGACACAGAGAGAGAGAGAGACAGAGAGAGAGAAAGAGAGAGAGAGAGAGAGAGAGAGAGAGAGAGAGAGAGAGAGAGAGAGAGACCUCUGAAAUCCAAAGUUACUGCAGCAAUAUUUCACACUGGCGUUAUGAAUUUAAGGCCCAAAGAAUCUGCGCACGCAUACACGUAGCUUUGCGGACUUUUGAUGGACUUAAAUCAUCCGCAGACUCGCUGUUGAUUUGUCGAUGAAGACCCUUUCAGAUUGUGGACAGGUGACAGCUAUAACUGCCCAAUGGAGAAAUAUGAAAAGCUGGCCAAAAUUGGCGAGGGUUCCUAUGGUGUGGUGUUCAAAUGCAGACACAGAGAUACUGGCCAGAUAGUAGCCAUCAAGAAGUUUGUGGAAUCUGAAGAUGACCCUGUCAUUAAGAAGAUUGCUUUGCGAGAAAUACGUAUGCUGAAGCAGCUGAAACACGUGAAUCUGGUCAACCUGCUGGAGGUUUUCAGGAGGAAAAGACGGCUCCACUUGGUGUUUGAGUUCUGCGAGCAGACGGUCCUCAAUGAGCUGGACAAACACCCUCGAGGGGUUCCAGAGGCUCAGCUGAAAAGUAUAGUGUGGCAGACUCUGCAGGCUGUCAACUUUUGCCACAAGCACAAUUGCAUCCACCGUGAUGUGAAGCCAGAGAACAUCCUCCUCACCAAAACUGGAGUCAUCAAGCUCUGCGACUUUGGCUUCGCACGCAUUCUGACAGGACCAGAAGAUGAGUACACAGACUAUGUGGCGACUCGCUGGUACCGGGCCCCCGAGCUGCUGGUCGGCGAUACUCAGUACGGGCCUCCUGUGGACGUGUGGGCUCUGGGCUGUGUCUUUGCUGAGUUGCUCCACGGGAAUCCACUCUGGCCUGGAAAAUCUGAUGUUGACCAGCUCUACCUCAUCCGAAAAACUUUAGGUGACCUGAUCCCUCGUCACCAGCAGGUCUUCCGCUCCAACGUUUUCUUCAGUGGAGUCAGUAUUCCUGAACCCGACACAACGGAGCCCUUGGAAAAGCGCUUCCAUGGCGUGUCUCUUAAUGCCCUCCAGGUUAUGAAGUCAUGCCUGGUGAUGGACCCCUCUCUCCGGCUGUCCUGUGAAGAGCUGCUGGAGCUGCCUUACUUCCAGGAGGAAGGAGUCAACUGGGGCCGUGAGGGUGAGCGCCUGGGAAGACGUCAUGACAAAGGCUCUCGACGCAGACAGCCAGGGGCUCAGUACCUGCCUCAGUUACCAAACAGCAACAUCUCACCAGCACCGGAUGUUAAGAAACAGGUGAAGCAUAAAUAUCACCUGCCCAACAUUUAACGAAGCAACUAAUUGGUCUUCAAGUCUGUGGCUGAACUUCGAGAGAUUGACUUGUGCUAUGCUUUGUGCAAUCGUUUCAAUACAGUCCAUUUUGAAGACGCAUAUACUCUUGGUGUGACAGUGAAAAACACUUGUCAUGUUUGUUGACAUCACUUACUAUUCCUUACACAACAAACAAAAGUUAGGGCAUUUACAGUUUCUGGUUAGGCAACACACUCACAGUACUAAUACCAAAGAAUAUAGCAAGUGUCAGUGCUGAAAACAUGGGUGCUGCAUUUUCACAUCUCUAUAAAAAAUGAAAUUAAAUAGCUCACGAAAGUCACCAGUGUGCCAUCGUCACUUGGACAAAAGUACUACAGUUUACCGGUUUUCUUGUGCAGUCAAUGACAACAGCUGAUCCCCAUGCAGGUUCACACCGGCUAUGAAAUAUGUGCUACAUGUUAGGAUUAAUCCAUAUAACAAGAUGAACCACAAUCAUUUUUAAUCAUGUUUAUUUCCUGAUACAUUUUAUUAUAAAAAGAUAGAAUUAAUAAAUGUGUUAGAAAAAAUAACAGCAAAAUACUGAUGAUAUGAAUUUAUGAUACAGUAUCAAAUAUAGUACUUGAUGUGUAACUUCCUGGGUCUUAUCAAGGACAGUUGACACUCCAGGUCUUUGAGAACGAUCCCCAAAGUCAGACAUGGACAUUCAGUCUGCAGCUCAGACACAAGACAGCGAUACACUGUAACAUGCAUCAACACACUGACAGACUGACACACAGCUCGGACCGAUCACCUUGCACUCAUCAAAAAAACAAAUGUAACUCCUACUAUACAUCGCUGUACUACAGGCUGCAAACCAGUGGGCCUUAAUCUGGGGUUGAUGUAUAGUAAGCCACAAGAUGAUUGAUGGAAUCUGGACAAAACAUUCAGUAUUUUUUUUCAUACAGCUAUAUACUUCAUACUUAAUUCUUUUCAUACAUUCGUAUCCGAUUGGUUUUAUGUUUUUAUAUGUGAUUCAUGCUUCUUCUUUUCUUGAACACACAAAAAACACAAAAUGACGCAAAACAACAAAAUGACGCAAAACAACAAAAUGCAAUUGCAACUUGUUGGAAAGGCUGUUAACUGUUGUACAAGUGCCCUCUGGUGGCAAAAUGUGCCGAUGCACAGUCAGUAAUUAAAAGUGAUAGUAAGUAGGACAGAGUGCAAAGUGGACUUUACUGCAUCCACGUGGGGGGAUAUUGUAUGCGUCGCAGGACAUAACCCUUUAUAAGAUGGUAAACACCCAUAAUUAAAGUAUGACGCUGUGGUUU